CUGAGGGAUAAUUACGAUACUUUAGCGACGCGGUCCAACGAAAAAUAAAAAAAUAAAACCAAUAGCAAAAGGAUCAUUUGGGUCAUUCCACGCCAAGUGUACGCAGAACGUGUUUUCUACCAUCGAUGAUUUGGAUCGGAUUCGGAUGGAAAGCAAGGAUGUUUUCGAUCACCUUGCAAUCGAUUGACUCAUUUGUCCAUAACCAAAGAAUAAAAAUCCAUAUUCUUAUUCUUUGCUACAACUCAGAUCGGAAGCCUAAUAUUAAAAUUUGGUGUUCGGCAAACUUGUAGAAUACUGUUUUUCCUACAUACAAUGUAGACCAAGGACAUCAUAGUCUAACUCUAAUGUUUACUGCGUAAAAGUGUUAGUACCGUAAUCUGGGGGGGAAGUUGAUCACUUUUCCUCUAGUCCUUUCAAUAAAAUCAGAUACAAAGCAUAUUAUUCCAAACAAUAUUUUUAAAACAUGUACUGAGUGGUUCCGUAAAUGAAAUUUUCACAAGAAACUGCUACAUUUUGUAAAAAAUGUUCAAAUGGAGUAAUUCUCGCUGAGACAGGCCCACUAUUUACACCUUAUCUUUAAACAUGCUUAAGGUGGCGAUUUUCUGAAAGUCCUUGCCGAAAGAGUAAGAAAAAUGCAUUUGGUUUCUCAAAUUGAUGGACCCCUCGUUAAUUAAAGCCACAACACUUUUUGAGGACCCCUCGAUUUUGGUCAAAUGGUGACUCAUUUAAACCGUUAAACUCGAAAAUUUCUCCAGAAACCACCUCAGAACGAAAUGUUGUUGAAAAGAGGAAAGAUAUAACUACUAUUUACAGUUAUAAAAAGUUGGGUCGGCCAUAUUGGUUUUGGCCGCCAUCUUGGAUUUUUAUACCAAAAAAUUUUUUUCACCAUAUUGGCAGAUAACUUUUGAAAGGAGAAAAAGGCAUCUCUAAUUUUUUGAUAUGUUUUAUAUAAAUGUCUCAGCUUUCAAUUGAUGCAAAAAAUGAAAAUCGGUGGUUGCCAACAUGGUGAAAAAACCCGGAUUAAUCCACCUAGUGGUGAUAGUGCCUUUCUCGUUGAAUAUGUACUCAUGAUCUUUCCGUCGACGUCAGUCGUAGUCCUGAAUCCUGUGAAUACUUUACUUAUAAAAGCAAGAAUUUUAUCCAAGCCAUCAUCGAGUUGGGAAACUUAUUGAUGGCUCAUAUUUCCGACGUUAUGUUAGAGCUGAAAAAUAUCACACCUCUUUGUGGACUGCUUGACUACCUUUACUAUUACUGGAGGCCACAACAAAAAAUCGCUUUACAGUCUUCGAUAAACUUUUUUCGGCACACUUUAGGCUAUAUUUUUUUUAUCAUUGGUUACUAGAUUCAUAAAAUUUGACCAAAAAAUGGAAGCAAGUGAAAUUUUCAUACUGAAUCCAAUUCAAAUUUGAACCAUAUCACAGAGCGCGAGGAGCAACCAGUCGGAUCAAUAUUUUGCGCAGUAAUUUUAGACGCAAAAGGGGAUUGAAAAACUUUGUUCGAGAUUGAUGCGAUUAAAUUUAAAUUUUCCCAUGCAACCCCCAUUCAACUGUAUAUUUACACCUCAGGAAUUUGAAAAGGUGUGAUUUGAUGAGCCUGUUUCAGUUUUGUCAAGAUUUUGUUCUCUUACACAUAUUUAUCGCUUGCAUUUUCACUGUUUUUAACCACUUCCUGUGAGAUACCCGGAACCGGUUCCAAGACUGUCCCUAUUGUCUCAAACUGUUUAACAGGUUUUAUGAAAAGCAGAAAAUUUAUGUGCAUGCAUGGAUUUGAUUCAUUUUACAUUUUAGUCAUUCUGGCGGGACAUACACAACGGGUUCUGGAACACUACCGGUAGUCUCUAAUGUGAUCUGAGACUAUUUUCUUGUAAACCAUUCACCAGGUUAUCGAAAACACCGCGGAUUGAUGUGUACUGGUUCUGGAACACUACCGUUAGGGGCUGUCCAUUUAUUACGUAAGGAGAUUUUUACGAUUUUUCGAUACCCACCCCCCCCCCCCCUUGUAAGACUUUUUGUAUGAGAACCCAAAUAUUUUUGUAUGGCACGUUAGAUUCCUCGAGCCCCCUUUCCCCCCGUAAACCCUUACGUAAUUAAUGGACAGCCCCUUAGUCUCUUAUGUGAUCAAAGGCUGUGUUCUUGCAAACCAUUCGUCAGGUUAUCAAAAAAGCCGCGAUUUAAUAUGUCGCAUGCAUGGGUUUGGCUACCAUAUGCAUUUGACCACUUCCGGCGGGACACCCGGAACCGGUCCCGGAAUACUACUGGUUUACCAAAAUAUGGUCUGAAACCAUUUUCUUGCUAAUCGUUCAUCAGGUUCUUUAAAGUGCCGCGGUUUGAUGUGUCGCAUGCAUGGGUUUGGUUCAACUUUAUAUUUGACCACUUCAGGCGGGACAUCCGGAACUAGUUCCGGAACACUACCGGUAGUCUCUGCUGUGAUCUAAGGCUAUUUUCUUGCUUACCGGUCUUCAGAUUAUUGAAAAAGCCGCUAUUUGAUGUGUCGCAUGCAUGGAUUGGGCUCACUUUUAUAUUUUGCCACUUCCGGCGAGACAUCCGGAACCGAUUCCGGAACACUACCGGUUCAGAUAUGGCCCAAGACUAUUUUACUGCUUACCGUUCGUCAGGUUAUCGAAAAAGUCGCGGUUUGAUGGGCCGCAUGCAUGGGUUUGUUGCAUUGUAAUAUCUGUCCCCUUCCUGGGGUACCGGUCUGGAACACAUAAAUGGCCACAACUCCGGAACGGCUGGACCGAUCUGAACCAUUUUCAAUAGGAAACAAUGGGACCGGAUUCCGCGUCGAAUGAACCGUCGUCAUUAAAAUCGGUUGAGGUUUACUGUCAAAAAGUGAUGUGAGUUUCUUUGUACACAUACACACACACAAACAUACGCACACACAUACAUACACACAUACAGACAUCACCUCAACUCGUCGAGCUGAGUCGAUUGGUAUACAAGACUUGACCUCUCAGAGGGCUCUAUCAAAUUUUCGUUUUUGGAGUACACCUUGGUGCACGAGAAAUGCAAAAAGUUUUGGUAUAAAAAUCCAAGAUGGCGGCCAAAAUCAAUAUGGCCGACCCUACUUUUUAUAACUGUAAAUAGUAGCUCUAACUUUCCUCUUUUCAACAACAUUUCGUUUUGAGGUGGUUUCUGGAAAAAUUUUCAAGUUAUAACGGUUUAAAUGAUCCACCACUUAACCAAAAUCGAGGGGUCCUCAAAAACUGUUGUGGCUCUAACUAACGAGGGGUCCAUCAAUUUGAGUAACCAUGUGCAUUUUCCUUUCUUUUACGGCAAGAACUUUCAGAAAAUCGCCACUUUAAGCAUUUUUAAAGACAAGGUGUAAAUAGUGAGCCGGUCUCAGCGAGAAUUACUCAUGGCCAAAUUUGAAAACUUUUAAUACGGGGUGAAGUUGAUCAACCAUUGGCAUAGCAUUCCAAAAUUGGAAAAUUGUUGAGCAAACUAAACUUGGUAAUGCUGAAUUUGAAUAAGUUUUUACAAUUCCUAUAACUAGUUUAUUUUGUAUGUUAAACGUAAAAUAAAGUUUGAUUAGUUACAGAAUAACCCACAUUAAACGCCCAAAGGUAGGCAAUAUCUUGGAAAAUCGUUUGUUAUUUUCUAAUAAAACUUAUAUGUUAACAUCAAUUUUAACUCAAAUCUAUGUUCAAUAAGCCUACCAUGAAUGAAUAAAAGUAUUUCGUGAGUAAUCUGCUAUACAAGGCGUUGAUGGGAGGCGUUGUUUAAAAGUCAAUCUUUUCACCGUGUUUUAAUGCCAAUCCAAAUAAGUCGAUAUUUUUAAGUAAAAUCUCACACAAUUGGCAUAAAAACCUUCUAAAAUCCAUCAAAUAUAUUCACCCAAUUGAUUUACGUCAAAAGUUCCUCCACUGAAAUAGAAUUGUAGCGUCCUCAGCCGUUGAAAGACGUAGAUCCCAUAGAGAUCAACUUCACCCCGCUGAUCAACUACCCCCCAGAUUACGGUACCACCUAUUCAUACUUUCAAUCGUUUAGUAUGAGUAGGUGCUACUAGCACUCUCACGCCGUAUAUAUGAGAGUUAUAUAAUGGCGUCCUUGGUGAUAGAUGAUGAUUUUGCUGCUGAUCGGAUUACCCCUCGGCCCGUGGCAGCAUCUCUCGGCUUUGACAAUACGACAAAAAUCCACGUAUUUGCCUUUCUCGUACACUUAGUGUACUGGAAAGGCUAUACGUUCACUCCAAAAAUGACUUUUUGAUAGAAGGCCCGGAGGGUCAAGUCACAUAUACCAAUCAACUCAGCUCGACGAAUUGAGGUGAUGUCUGUGUGUAUGUGUGUGUACAAACUCACUCGCAUCACUUUUUGGCAGUAAACUUCAACCGAUUUUAAUUACCGACUUUUUAUUCGAUGCAGAAUCUGGUCCCAUUAUUGAACACAUUCCACGCGUUACGUUUUUCGCGAGCGUCCAACUUUCGCUUCCAAAAAUUGAUAUGUUAGUGAAUACAUGCUAACCAGCAUAUCAAGCGAUCAGAUUUAAAUAGAAGAUUCAUUUUAUGCUUUCUAAUGGGGAAUUGAACCUUUGUUCUUCGAAAGAAAUCGAGAAAUACAGCGUAACGGGACACCAUCGCAAAAAAUGACGAAUUUUGACCGAACGCCAAAAAAUUUGCUACCUUCUAGAAGCAAUUUCCAAAGUUUCAAGUGCUAUUAGAAGAAUAUAAGUAAUUAUCUUCAUUUUGAUGCAAAAAGAAUCAAAAUCGACAGCAGGAGCCCGGAAAUAUCGUUCAAUGAAGUUCAAAAACCCGGGUGUAGAAGUGCGUGGAAUGUGUCAUUGUUUUCUGUUGAAAAUGGUUCGGAUCGGUUCAGCCGUUCCGGAGUUAUGGCCAGAAAAUGUUACAAACCCAUGCCGGCUCCGAGUGCCCCACUGGAAGUGGUCAAAUAUAAAAGUGAGCCAAAUCAAUGCACGCAACACAUCAAAUAGCGGCAUCUUCAAUAACCUGAUGAACGGUUAGCAGGAAAAUAGCCUUAUACUCUUGCUUAGAUCCAAUCAAAACUAGUAGUGCUCCGGAACUGGUUUCGUGUGCCCCGCCGGAAGUGGCCAAAUGUAAAAGCGAACCAAACUCAUGCAUGCGGCAUAUCAAAUCACGGUUCUUUAGGUGACCUGAUGAUCGGUGAGCAAGACCGUAUUUGGGAGAAACGGUAUUGUUCUGAAACCGGUUCCGGGUGUCCCACCGGAAGUGGUCAAAUGUAGAAGAGAACCAAACCCAUGCAUGGGGUACAUCGAAUAGCGGCUUUUUCGAUACCCUGAAGAACGGUAAGUCUCAGACCACAUCUAAGACUACCGGUAGUGUUCCGGUACUGGUUUUGGGCAUCCCGCCGAAAGUGGCCAAAUGUAAAAGUGAACCAACUCCAUGCAUGCGGCACAUAAAAUCGCAGCUUUUUCGAUAACCUGAUGAACGGUUUGCAAGAAAAUAGCCUCAGAUCAUAUUACUACCGGUAGUGUUCCAGAACCGGUUCCGGGUUUUCCGCCUGAAUUGGUCCAAUGUAAAAAAUGAACCAAACCCGUGAAUGCAACUCAUCAAUUUGCGGCUUUUUAGGAAACCUAAUAAACAGUUCGGAAGAAACUAGCCUAAGACCAUAUUCGAGGCAAUUGGUGCUGUCCUGGAACCGGUUCUUGGUAUCUCGCCGCAGGUGGUAACAUGUUAAUUUGGAACAAACCCAUACAUGCGAGACAUGAGGUCGCGGCUUUUUCGAUAACCUGAUGCAUGGUUAGUAAGAAAAUAGGCACAGACCACAUACCGGCAGUGUUACCGGUUUCGGGUGCCCCGCCGGAAGGACUGUCCUGGAACCGGGGCAUCAAACUGCGCAAUGCAGUAUCAGUGCCCUCCGACCGGACCAAUGAGCACGGCAGUGUCAUCCUAUCCCGCGUUGCCCGCACCACCUCCGAUGUUUUCGCUAGGCACAUUGGCGCGGCAACUACCUUCGACGUCUCAGCCUUCGACAGAUCUUCCAGUCAAAACGGUACCAGCGAUGCCGCAAAUGAAUACGGUGGGCAUUAUGAAUCGCUCGUUUCCCCGAUGUCAACAUCAGUCCUUCCUCCAAAUAACUCGUUGGACAGUAUGCAGCCACCGCCACCUCCGGCGGUCCAGUUGGAUACAUCGUUGACAUCGCUGCCAGCACCCAAGCCUGGAGUAAUACAGCAGAGAAUGGCCUCCACAAGACAGCCAGCCGGGGGGAGAUCAAACUCACAGUGAGCAAAAUCCUCGGAAAACCGAAGCCGGUCGUUUCCGUGUCUAAAGGACCUAGCUCUUCGGGAGUCGUUACAGCGCAUCGCAACAAACAACGUAGUACUCUUUUCAAAAUACUCUCCGUGACACUGUCGCAUAAUGGAAAAUCGGUCACGACUUUCGCCUUCCUCGACGACGGCUCUAAUGUAACGUUACUUGAAAAUAGUAUCGCGGAGAAGCUCAACCUGGAUGGCGAGGAAAGCUCGCUCUGUUUGCAAUGGACUAGCAACGUCACACGAAAGGAAUCCGCAUCCAAACGAGUACAAGUCUGCAUAUCCGAUCGCGACGGCAAAUAUCAACAUGUAUUGUCGCAGGUGCACACUGUCGACAAUCUAGGUCUGCCUCGACAAAGCUUGAAGUACACCGAACUUCUAGGGCAGUUUCCGCACUUACGUGGGCUACCAAUUCAGAGUUACACGGAUGCAGUUCCACAGAUUCUGAUUGGUGCAGAUAAUGCGCGCUUGAAAUUGCCGUUGAACAAGCGGAGAACGACGUGAUGAAGAGCCGGUUGCCAUAAAGACAAUGUUGGGAUGGACGAUCUUCGGUGGACAAUGAGGUGCCCUUGGUGACAACCGUACCAUGGUGCACGUAUGCGAGUGUUCCGCUGAUCAACGCCUUCACGAUCUAGUGAAAGACUUUUUUGAAUUGGAGCAGUUGGGCAUAACGGCGGUAUCAGCACCGGAAUUAGAGGAAGACGAAAGAGCUAGGCGUAUACUGCAAGAAACUACUCGGCGCAUGGAUUCCGGUCGCUUCGAAACCGGAUUAUGGAAAACCGAUGAAAUCAAUUUUCCCGAAAGCUACGCGAUGGCGGAGCGAAGACUCAAAUGUCUGGAACGUCGGCUGCAAGCAGAUCCGGAACUUCGGCGAAACGAUGAGGCGCAGAUUGUCGAGUAUCAGGCACAAGGGUAUGCCCAUAAGGCCAGCGUGGAAGAACUACGAGAUUCUGACCCUAGACGCGUGUGGUACUUGCCGCUCGGAAUCGUGCGAAAACCCACGUAAACAUGGCAAAGUGCGUAUAAUAUGGGACGCCGCAGCACGCGUGAAAGAAGUCUCGUUGAAUUCUAUGCUCCUAUCCGGACCCGAUUUACUGACCCCGCUCAUGUCAGUUCUCUGCCAAUUUCGCCAAAGGCAAUUCGCUAUUACUAGCGACAUUCGGCAGAUGUUCCAUCAGCUACGUAUCAGGAAGGAGGAUAGACAGUCGCAGAGGUUUUUGUGGCGUACGAAUCCCGAAUCCACGCCGGACGUGUACACAAUGGAUGUGGCCACAUUCGGGGCCACUUGUUCGCCAUGUUCCGCGCAAUAUGCGGAAAAUUUGAAUGCGGCAGACUACGAAGCAGAGUAUCCAGAAGCGGCGAGAGCCAUCACGAAGAAUAUCUAUGUGGACGACUACUUAGACAGCCGAGACACCAUCAAAGAAGCUGUCCAGUUGGCAGUUUCCGUUCGCGAAGUCCGCAGCAAAGCUGGAUUCGAACUCCGAAAUUGGCACUCCAAUGCCCAAGAAAUUCUCAACCGGAUCGGAGCUGAAAAUAGUCCAGAAGCAGUAAAGAGCUUCACCGCAGAAAAAAUAACAGCUGCAGAGCGCAUCCUUGGUAUGAUGUGGAAACCAACUGAGGACCUGUUCGUGUUUUCCGCCCAAUUUCACGAGGAUCUUCCUCCGUUGUUAUCCGGUGAAAUAGUGCCCACAAAGCGCCAAGUUUUACGUAUGGUCAUGAGCCUUUUUGAUCCAUUGGGACUCAUUUCUUGCUUCACGGCCCACGGAAAAAUCCUACUCCAGAAUAUUUGGAGGUCUGGUGUGGGUUGGGACGAUCCCCUUAUCCCAAGGGGCUUCAUGGACUGGCAACGCUGGACGAAAGUGCUGCCCGAGCUGAACCGACUACAAUUCAGGCCAAAUAUUUCAAUAGGUCCUAUCUGCAUUUGAGAGGCUCUCUUUGUUCACUUUCUCUUUCAAUUAUUGCAAUGUAAUGGUACACUUUUCAACUAUUUUUGCAGUACAAAUCAAAAUACGAUUGUUUUGACCAUCGUUUACUGCAAGAAGAAAAUCAUGAUACAUAUAAACAGCUGAGAUAUUAACGAAAGAGAGGGAAACCAAAGAGAGCCUCUCUUCUGCAGAUAGGACCUUUAGACAUGUUUGGCCUGAAUUCCCAAGGUGUUAUUUCCCUGACUACGAACGGGAAGUUAUGGAUCUCUGCAAUUACACAUUUUUAUUGAUGCGCGUGAGCUUGCCUACUGUGGUGUUGCAUACUUUCGCAUAAUCGACCGUGGGACCCCACGAUGCUCUUUGGUUGCUGCAAAGGCUAAAGUAACACCUCUUCGGCUUCAAUCCAUUCCCCGCAACGAGCUGAAUGCAGGAGUAAUCGGCGUGCGGCUUAUGAAAAGUGUUACGGAGAACCAUUCACUGCAAAUCAACAAGCGCUACGUCCAGUUUAGAACAACGGAAAUCCUGGCAGACACGAAAGUAGAGGAAUGGCGCUGGGUACCCACCCGGUUGAAUAUCGCAGACGAAGCAACCAAGUGGGGCAACGGCCCCAGUUUCGAUGUCCAGGAUAAGUGGUACCGCGGUCCGGAUUUCCUCUGGCAACCGGAGAGUGAAUGGCCAGCGAGAAAACCUCUAAUCGAAGAAUACACGGAUGAACUAAGAAAGACGAACGUACAUCAGGAGGUAAAGACCGAUCCAGUGCUGGAGUUGGCCAAAUUCUCAAGAUGGGAGGAUUUAAUCAAGUCUUUGGCCUAUGACAAUGAUUUUAUUGCCCUUUUCCGGCUAUACCAGUCGUCUAGUAUGUCUGAAAUAGACGUAAAAACUUGAAGUAUUCUAGGCAAAGUACGUUUAAUUGGCAAAUUGAGAGAUAAAUUUGUGAAAAAAUUACCACUUGUUUUGGUGGGAUUCGAACCCACGACUCCGUUAUCGCUAGUCCGGCGCUUUAACCAACUAAGCUACAGAACAAGUUACAACUCUGCAGAAUAGAAAGUCAAACUGGAUUCGAAGCACCACCCUAAACCGGGUCCGUCUUUCACAACUUUAUCUAGAGAGAGUUCGGCUCUUAGUGCGGGAGAUUGUUUCAAAUUUCUCGUCAAAGUCGCCUAAGAACCACUUUUAGAGCUUCCAAAAACGCGCGUUUUCGUUCGCUGAGAAUGUUGCUACGUCAUUCCGUUCAAAAGAUAUUGAUGAUUUUCAAGAAAAAAUAGGCACUUUUCAAAUAUUUUUCACUUGAGUUACAAAAAUAACACCCCUCUAAUUUUUUGAUAUGUUUUAUAGCAGCAUUUCUUCUUUUGAAUGCGGGCAAAAGAUAUUUUUUAUGUUUGCCCCAACCCAUCAUACACCCUUUUUAAAAAACUAUGAUUUUUUAAGAAAAACGCCUGUAACUUUUGAACCAAAAGAGAUAACGACCAUUUCAGCGCACGAAAUGACGCGUCUUCAAAUGUUCUACAAGUGUUUCUUGAGCGACUUUGAUGAAAAAUCGAAGCUGAAAAAGUUAACGCCAGAAAACCGGUUUUUCUUGAACCACCCUAAGCUUAUUCAGAAAAAUACCUCUAGAUCGGUCAAUUUUAAAGCUACAUAAAAAGUAUCUUCAGCAAAGUUGCUCAAAAUUGAUAGAUCUACAACUUUCUCGAAAAAUGUAUACAGUUAUUCUUGCAAUUAAAAAAUUUGGUUCCCAAUUUUUUUGAAAAUAUGGACCACCCUAAUUUUCAUGCACAUUUUAAAGAGGGCCUUAUUAUUAGGGACAACUUUGUAGAAGACCAUAUUUGCCUAAAAACUCAUUUGAAGGCGUUGAAUGCAUCUUUCCUCGUAAAUCUGGUUCAUGGACCACUGUGCGUUGUGUGGGAGCGGAAAGUGCGCUCAAUUAAGGAUGCUUUCAAAGUCCUGGCUCAUCGCGAAAAGCUCGAUGAUGAAGCACUGCUCACAUUACUGUCGGAGGCUUCAAUGAUCGUCAACUCCAGGCCACUCACAUUUGUGCCGCUCGAAUCUCCCGAACAAGAGGUGCUUACGCCGACCAGUUUUCUUUUGAUGAGCACCAGUGGUAGCAGCAACCUCGUGCUACACCUAUUGAACCAGUUUUGGAAGACCUAGAUCAAAUCAUAUCUACCAACCAUUGCCAGGAGAACCAAAUGGUUUGUAGAUGUUCGUCCGCUCCAGGUAGGUGACCUUGUCAUUAUAGUCGAUAAAACGGUUCGAAACGGUUGGCUUCGUGGAAAAGUUACCAAGACAUAUCCAGGUAUAGACGGACAAGUACGUAAGGUAGAUGUCCAAACGGAAACGGGGAUGCUGCAACGACCGGCCAUUAAGGUGGCUCUUCUGGACGUGCUACAGGAUGGCAAGACCAACUAGCGGUAAGGCCUUACGGGUCGGGGUGUUGACGCACCAUAGUGAUGAGUAGACCCUUUGCGUAUACGGUCGUUUGAAGCUUCCACGGUUGAAGUCUAUAGUGCAUCUCCGAUUGUCGUGAAACUUGGUGGGCUUGUAGUUCUUCGGAAAUAAUUAGACCCGUAUUUUUUUAUUUCGUCAUUAGGGUGACCAAUUUUCAUAUAGGGUGGUCCAAAAAAUUAAGGUUUUUCAAAACUAAAAAUUUUCAAAAAAUCGUAACUUUUGAUCCAGUUGACCGAUUUUAAACUUCUUUUUUUGUUUUAAAGCUAUUGAAUUGUAGUUUUCAGAAAAAAAUACGUUAAAGGGGCUAAAAUGUAAAGAGUACUAUAAAAUAUGCAAAUAUAUUAGUUUUUUCACGUUUUCAUGGUCUCGGGACCAAAGAGGUACCCUGGUUUUAUAUUUUUAUCAGAAAAUUCAGGAAAUUUGGCGUAACAUAUCAAAAAAUCAUAUAUGUAUGUUUUUUUAGUUUUUGCGAUAUGAUUUUUUGAAAAUAAAAGGUCAAAUUUGCCCAUACAAGACACUUUUUUAAAUUUGAUUAUAUUUUGAUUCCUUAUAAUACUAUGGAUACCAAAACCACCAGGAAUCAGUUUAUAAAGCAAUAAUAUGCAUAGUUUUAUGAGAAUUUGCAAUUUCAAGCAAUUUUAGAGUAGCUAGUACGAUAUAACGUACCCUCGAUAUAGCGUACCCUCGAUAUAGCGAAUUCGAUAUAACGUACAUUUUGCUUCGAUAUAACGUACAACAUUGAAAUUUUUAAUUUUUCCCAGGAAUAACCCUCAGAUAAGCUACGAAACCACUCAAAUCAAUGUUUUCUUGCAGUAUUAACCUUGUUACCUAGAACAAGCGCAAAUUGGGGUAAAAAUUAGUGUACGUUAUAUCGAAGCAAAAUGUACGUUAUAUCGAAGCACAAAAAACUAAAUUAAUUGUUCGUGAAAACUCAUGGUUUUCAUUAUUGGUUUUGUGAAUUUCACCGAAAUCAUUAUUUGGGGUUAAUUUCACGUCGAAAUCAUCAAUAAUAAAAUAAAAAAUAUUAAUUUUUUCUCUGCUUCGAUAUAACGUACACUUCGAUAUAACGUACAAAGAGAAAACUUUUUUGUACGUUAUAUCGAAGAGUACCUGUACUAAAAUAUAUGACUCUCUAUAUUCAAAAAAUCAUAUCUUAAAAACAAAACAACAUACAUUUCUGAUUUUUUGAUAUGUU